CGCUAGAGAUCAUUGAGCUCUACGUUGCACACGCUAAACGAUCCGCUGAAGGAAAGUCAUUGUAUUUGGAUAACCAACUUAUACAAAUGGAGGAGUUGUUAAGUUUGUUGUACAAAAAUGCAUACGAACAACAUUAAUAUAUACUGAAUAACACGCUUUGAAACUGUAAGCCGUAAAAUGAGCAGGCAGGCGUCAGCAUCUGGAUCCGUCAAUGAAGCGAGAGGCAGAAGAAGUGCUCAAGAUGUGGAAGACUCCAAAACACACUUCAGAGUCUGUCGGUUUAUCAUCGAGGCUGGAGUGAAGUUAGGCAUGAGAUCUGUGCCCAUGGCUACAGCAUGUGUGCUGUAUCACAGGUUCUUCCAGUCUGCCAGUCUGCAGGUCUAUGAGCCUUACCUAGUGGCCAUGUCUGCCAUCUACCUCGCAGGCAAAGUAGAAGAGCAGCAUCUCAGGACGAGAGAUAUCAUCAAUGUCUGUCACAGGUAUUUUCACCCAGAGAGUGAACCAAUGGAACUGGAUGGGAAGUUUUGGGAGUUGAGGGACAGUAUAGUACAAUGUGAGCUCCUUGUCCUUCGACAGCUUAACUUCCAAGUGUCCUUUGAGCAUCCACAUAAGUACGUGCUGCACUACCUGCUCUCUGUGAGGAGUCUUUUGAAUCGCCACGCCUGGUCACGAACCCCCAUCGCAGAGACAGCCCUGGCUGUAUUAAAAGACAGUUACCAUGGCUCUGUGUGUGUCCGCCAUAAGCCUCAACACCUUGCCCUCACCUCCCUCUAUCUUGCUCUCCAGACAUAUGGAGUGCAGCUCCCCAGAGGAGAACUGGAGUGGUGGCAGGUUGUUUGUGCAGACAUCACCAAGGCUCAGAUUGAGACCAUCAUGAGUGAAUUACUGCAGCUCUAUGACAUGGAGGCCAAGUGUACCUGAGAGACAAAGAAUGAAGCGGGUACUAAAGCACUGACGCGGAAACCAACACCUUCAACUGUAGCUGUAUCUGACCAUCAUCUUAACACAUGCAUUGAACCCUCUAUCUCCUGAUGUUGUGAUGUAACCUAAUGAGCUCUACUUGUUAAUUACAUUUCAGAACAUGAAGGUUUAGAUAGGCUCAUCAAGAAUGAUGAGAGGAAUUUACAUAUAGGAGCAGGCUUUGUAAGUGACGCUAUGAAAACCAGACUUUAGCCACACCUCAUCAAUCAAUUCCCAGCCACAGACCUACUUUCUUCUCCUACCUUGUGCUAUUUUUCCCCCUAAAAAGGGAGAGAGAAAUUGCAAAAGAGAUGGAAUAGCUGGUUGAAGGAAGAAUGAAACAAAAGAAGAGCCAUCCUGUCCCCAGAGCUAAAUUCUGAGGUGAACGCUAGAUCUGAGCCAUUUCUUUUAUAUUUUCUAAUUUAAUUACUCUCCUCCUCUCCCUACAGAACUUGUCCCGGUAGGCUUCUUUAUGUAACUCCUUAAAGCAGUAUUACUGUAUGCUGUAAAGCAAAGCACCACAGUUUUAUUAGACACCAGACUUCUAUUUCAAACUUCAAAAACAACACUUCACUGACGUAAACUUUUCAUAAUCAGCUAAAGAUGAACAUGAACUGACAGGUUCAUUCUAAGUCUAUAUUUAAAAAUGUAAUUACGAAUAAAAAAUUUUUGCACUAAUGCUUUUUGAAACCGAACCUUUAAAUAGUCUUUCUUUGUAGUUUUUUUUUUUCAUCUAUGAUGUUCUACUUGAAAUUUCUGGAUCUAGUUAGGUCAGGACAUUGCUCUAGAGUGGAUCUUAAGUUACUAUGGCAACUGCUAUUGUGGAGGGAGCCUUUGAAACAUACAAAUGUAAGACUCCAUUAUAGCACACCUGUCAAGCUCAGCACAUCAAAUAAUUGCAGUCGGGGAAAUGUACUAAUUUAGUCAUUAUUUACCAAAUCAGUCAUUGCUAACAUGUUAACCAGCUGUUUCCCCUGUAGCUUACUGAAUUGUGUUGACCAGUGACUGCAACUGCUGUUUUAAGAGUUUUCUUUGGCAUCAGGUUUCAGUCAUCUAGAUCUUGAAAAAAACAAACAAACUAGGAUUUAAAAUCACUAUGAUUUAGAAAUAGUGUAUUUAAUUGCUCUUAGGAUAUUAUA